AUGAAGAGUUUUACUGCCGCUGUCACGGCCGUGGCAGGUGCUGCUCUCUUUGCCAAAUCCGCCUAUGCCCAGCUACCUCCCAUUGUCAUCAAGGGUUCCAAGUUUUUCUACGAAAAUAAUGGGACGCAAUUCUACAUGAAAGGCGUUGCCUAUCAAGAGGAGUUCUCAGGAAAUGGUAGCGCUGCCUCGGGCGACGGCACAGAUAACUUUAUCGACCCCCUUGCCGAUUCCGCCAAAUGCCAGCGAGAUAUUCCCUUCCUCCAACAACUGGGCACCAACACCAUCCGUGUCUAUGCCAUCGACCCUACCGCAGACCACGACUCAUGCAUGCAAAUGCUAACAGAUGCUGGCAUCUAUGUCAUUGCCGAUUUGUCGUCCCCUGGCAAGUCCAUCAUUCGAGACAGCCCAACCUGGAAUGAUGAUUUGUAUGCCCGCUACACCCAAGUCAUCGACUCCAUGGCCAACUACACAAACGUCCUAGGUUUCUUCGCUGGUAAUGAGGUGUCCAACAACAGCACCAACACCGAUGCAAGCGCCUUCGUCAAGGCUGCAGUUCGAGACAUGAAGGCAUACAUCAAGCAGCGAAACUACCGAGCCAUUGGAGUGGGCUAUGCCACCAAUGACGAUGCCGACAUUCGUGAAGACCUAGCUAAUUAUUUCGAUUGCGGCGACCGUGCAGACGCCAUCGAUUUCUGGGGCUACAACAUUUACUCGUGGUGUGGCGAUUCCAGCUUCCAAAAGUCGGGUUUCGAUGUUCGCACUGAAGAAUUCAAAAACUACAACGUCCCCGUCUUCUUCGCCGAGUAUGGUUGCAACGAGGUCCAACCCCGCGAAUUCACCGAAGUUGAGGCUCUCUAUGGACCCGACAUGAACGACGUCUGGUCCGGAGGUAUCGUUUACAUGUAUUUCCAGGAAGCCAAUGACUAUGGUCUCGUCACCAUUGACGGAAACUCGGUGAGCACCUUGGCUGAUUUCAACUUCCUCGCCACCCAAAUCGCCCAAAAUGCCAACCCUACCGGUGUCAACUCCGCCAGCUACAACCCCACCAACACCGCCGCCGCUUCGUGCCCAGCUGUCGGUUCUGAUUGGCAAGCAGCAUCUGCCCUCCCACCCACACCCAACCAGCAACUCUGCGAGUGCAUGUUCUCCGCUCUAACUUGUGUACCCAACAAUGUCGCGACCGAGGAUGUUGGCGCGCUCUUCGGUGUAGUUUGUGGUCUUGUUGAUGGUGUCUGCGACGGCAUUGAGGCCAAUGGCACCUCCGGAACCUACGGUGCUUAUGGAAUGUGCAAUCCCACCCAGCAACUUGGAUGGGCUCUCAAUAGCUACUACGAGAGAGCAAAGGCAAGUGGCAAUGCUGCCUCUGCAUGCGAUUUCUCUGGAUCAGCCAAGACUCAAGCACCCGUUGCUCCCACCGGCACUUGCUCUCAGCUCAUCGCGCAAGCCGGUAGUGCCGGUACUGGAACCGUCACUUCGGCUCCUAGCGGCACCGGUGGCUCUGGAUCAGGAGGUUCAGGCUCCGGUAGUAGCUCAAGCUCCGGCAACAGUGCGCCAGGAUUUUCGAGCCCUGUCCACGUGGGUCUCCUCCAAGUUGCAUUCUGUGUCUCGAUUGCGGUUCUGUCCGGAGCAGGUAUGAUCUUGUUGUAG